AGUGAGGAUUUGUGGGUCACCAAAGUUGAUGGGAAAAAGAAGUACUCUGGUCGGGGUCAUCUGGCCGAGGGGUUGUGAUGUCCAAAUUGAUAGAAAGAGGGCGCUAAAAAGAUUUCGCCCAACUUUACUAAAAGUUACUUGGCUGACUCAUCUCAUUCCAUGUGACUUUUAAUCAAGCACGAACAAGCCCCGGUUCGAAUUCAGCAGGAAACAACCUAUUUUAAAGUUUGAAGUUUAUCUAACUACGGUUUACGUACCCAGUACUUUCUGACAGAUCCACUUCUAAGAGGUAUCCAUCUCACAAGACCUUUUUGAGUGUCGUCAUAUUCCAUGAUCAGAGCUUAGGCUGGAGCAUCUAGCCAAAACACAUAGCACAUACUCAAAAAUGGACGGUCUAGAUGAAUUUGAAAAAUCCCUCGCCGCAGAGAAAGCUGAGAGAGCGCGCGAAGAGGAAAGGAGACAUAAAAAGCACAGACAUCACCACCGACGAGAUCGGUCAUCCGAACGCGACCGCGAUGGUCACCGCCACGGCCACCGUAGGUCCCAUGACCGUCACGAAGAAGAAAAAGAAGAUGAUGAUGGACACCGACAUAAGCGAUCGCGCCAUUAUUCUAGAGACGACGAGCGUCACCACAGGCGCGAACACCAUGAAGGUGAUAAACGCGAUUCGGACAGACGAGAUCGCCACGUGAAGGCCUCAGACGCGAAAGAAGAUCUCCCAUUGCCCGAUGAAGAGCUAGCUGCCGCGGACUAUACUAGACCAGAAAAAGCCACCUCGAACUUAGUCCGAGAUUCUUGGAUGACAGCACCAUCUGCGCUCGACAUCGAUUAUACCCAGAAGGGUUCCAAACCUUCCAAACCUCCACCGCAACCCAAUCAAGCGUCUCAAAGAGAAAUUCACAAGCGAGAGCUCAAUGCGACAUAUUUGCAGGAAUUGAACAGCGGGAAAUCCAUAGGAGAUCUUGAAUUACCAGCACAGCAUGAAGUCGACUAUACAUUUGGCGACAGCGGAUCACAAUGGAGAAUGACUAAACUAAAUGGAGUCUAUAAUACGGCCGAACAGAUAGGGAGGCCUGUAGAUGAAAUAGCACUGGAGCGGUACGGCAACUUGCGCGACUUUGAUGACGCACGCGAGGAGAAGAUCGAGAUGGACCGUCGCAAAGUAUACGGUGAUGGUUAUGUUGGGAAGGAAAAACCCAGUGGUGAAUUAUUCCAGGAGAGGAAGCUGAAUCAAGGUGUACAUGAGAAGCGAGAAAAGCGAGAACACUCGCCACCGCCCGUAAAUCUGGACCAAGGCACAGUCAUUCCAGAUGAUGCAUCAGCCCAUUCAUCAACUCAGAUUGAUCAGACUACACUUAACCGGCUUAAGGCCCAGAUGAUGAAGGCGAAGCUAAAAAAGGCGCCAGAUGCUGCUAAGCUGGAAGCAGAGUACAACCAAGCAGCAGCAGCAUUUGCAUUAAAGGGCCCUGAAGCAGUUGUUCUUAAUGUUAUGGAAAACCGUAUGCUAGCAGGGACACGCGGCGAAGCCAAAGCUGUCGAAACCAAGCGCGGCCGUGAGCGGGGCAAUGUGGAGCAGAACGACGACAUGACAAUAGAUGAUAUGAUCCGGGAGGAGCGGCGAACAAGAGGGCAGGCCGGAGGAGAAGGCUUACGUCUGGCUGAACGAAUUGCCAAGGACGCCAAGUUUGACGACGAUUUGGAAUACAUGGACGAGAAUGCCGAGAAGCUAGCCAAGCGCGUACAGAAAUCAGAAAUUAAUCUCAAGAAUCAGGCUGUCGGCGAAUUUCAAAGGGUCAACAGGAUUCUAGAUAAAUGCCAGCUCUGCCAUCACGAGGACACCAAUCAACCGCCUAUUGCACCUAUAGUCUCGCUGGCGACGCGUGUAUAUCUAACACUACCUACGGAGCCAGAGUUGAGCGAAGGGGGCGCUGUCAUCGUGCCCGUUCAGCACCGGACUAACCUGCUAGAAUGCGACGAUGACGAAUGGGAAGAGAUUCGCAACUUUAUGAAGUGUCUAACGCGGAUGUAUCAUGAACAAGGUCGGGAGGUGAUUUUCUACGAGAACGCAGCUGCACCUCACAGACACAUGCAUGCUGCCAUGCAAGCGGUACCUAUUCCCUACGACCUAGGAGAUACUGCACCAGCUUUCUUCAAGGAGGCGAUGCUUACGACGGACGAAGAGUGGUCUCAGCACAAGAAGAUUAUCGAUACAGGAAAGCAAGCUCGCGAAGGGCUAGGCAAGCUAGCGUUCAGGAGAUCUAUCGCGAAGGAAAUGCCAUACUUCCACGCAUGGUUUACUCUAGACGGAGGCUUGGGUCACGUAGUAGAGGACUCUAACCGGUGGCCAAGGGGCGAUCUAUUUGCGAGGGAGAUCCUGGGGGGUAUGCUAGACGCAGAACCGGAUGUAAUCAAGAAGCAGGGACGAUGGCAUAAAUCUGAUAAUAGGGUAGAGGGGUUCAGAAAACGGUGGAAGAAGUUCGACUGGACCAGAAUCUUGACUGAUGGAUGAGACCUUUGCGCGCCGGCGUUAUGAGGUUGCCUAUUAAAAACAAUGGGAAUAUGUUGUCUGAUAACAUGUGCAACAAAAGAACAGAAUACCUACAUAGCCUCUAAGGUAUAGAUGAGAAUUUUAAUUGUCUCAGCAAGAAAGUAUUUUCUACGAUUCACAUA